AUGCUUCCGUGGCCAACGGUAAAGAUCGUCAUUGUUGGCGAUGGGUAUGUGUGUAAAAUAUUAAGCAAUCAUAAAGCCGUGGUAUAUGCAAUUACACCAUAUUAAAGACAUUAAACCGUAUUGAGUGAUAUCGAGCGACCCAGACUAGUUCCUAGUCCUCUGUGCACGCGUUUUAUUUUCCUGUGACUCCCUUGGCAAUUUUCGGAAUGAUUGGACUUUAACUGCUAUUGUCCGUGCACUAUUAAGAUCGAUUUACACUGCCCAACUUUUGCCUAAAACUGUCGCAUGGAACCUGCUUACAACUUGAGUUGUACUUUGAAAAUAGUCACGCAACACAACACAACACUGUCAACACAACACAACACAAGUUACACAAUACAACACAACACAACUACGACAACGUAAGCGAUUUGUGUGCUUGCCAUUUACACAGUGCAACUCAAGACUCAACUUGUAAGCAGGUUGCAUGCGACAGUUUUAGGCAAAAGUUGUGUAGUGUAUUAAAAUCGGCCUUUAGUCCUGUUUGGAAUUAAGUGUAGCUUUCGAGAAGCUUGGAAAGUUUAGAAGCUCUAAGAAGUUUUAAUACUUCCAGUGAUUUUAAUCUAGUGCACUUUAAAAACCAUUUUCCUGUUUUUUAAUACAGCGCUGUUGGGAAAACGUCUUUGGUCAUGACGUAUACAGAAGAUACAUUUCCAGGAGAAUAUAUACCUUAUUGGUAAGUUUCCAGAUAUAACCCAGUAAGUAUACCUACUUAAAUUGCCUUCUUUGCAGUGUAAAUUUGGAAGACCUAAUAUUUUAUUUUUUCUUUUGAUAAAAGCGUAGAAAAAGUUACAAAAAACGGAAUGGUAGAUGGGAAACCUUUCUCCUUAGAACUUUGGGACACGCCUGGUAAAUAAAGUACAGUAGACAAUAUAGUUUUUAUAGCUUUUACAAUGAUAUCCCUAUUGCUUCUUUUUUCAAUUAUCGUUUUCUUUUCUUUCUUUGUCAAGCCCAAGAUGGCUAUGAUUAUUUUAGACCCCACUGCUACACCCAGACUGUAAGUACUUGUGCUUGUGACCUCAGCACCAAUUAGAAUUUUGAUUCAAAUCUGAUAAGAUUUUGACAUGAAACAGCCUUGUUUUGCUACUUGCCAUAUUUCAUAUUAGUAUCUCCGUUUUUUCUUCAGGACUUGUUCUUUAUAUGCUUUUCAAUAGCCACGCCAAUUUCACUUGAAAGUGUCACGAAAAAGGUAUUAUAUCGUAAGGUCUAAACUCAAAAACCGUAGUUUAUUAUGGUUGCUGGUUUCACUAAGCACUAUCGUGCAGCAGAUGGGGGUCAACCUGCAGUUAUCAGAGUGAGAAAAUAUUCAAAAUAAUGUUAAUUCUUUUGGUAUUUGGAGGCAAAUAAAUAGAACUGAAUGAUGUGGUUUCAUGCUUUGGCUUUACAUUUCUGAAGUUAGUGUCCAUCGUCUGUUGUCCCAUAACACUCACCAAAACCCAUCGGUAACCACUAUCUUCAUAUAUUUUCAGUGGUAUCCAGAAGUGAGCCAGCACUCUCCUAAUACACCGAUAUUUCUGGUCGGGACAAAACUUGAUUUGAGAAACGAUGAAAAGGUUCUUGAACUUCUGAAGUCACGUGACCUAAGCCCCGUCACGACGGCGCAGGCGCUGGAAACGAAGGACGCUAUUGGUGCAUGCAGAUAUAUAGAAUGUUCAUCUCUGACAAGAGAGAAUUUACAAAACUUAUUUGAUGAAGUAUUGCGAGUAGUUCUUGUUGCAACCAAACGCAAAAACAAAAAAUGUUUGAUAAUGUGA